UUGGGGUGACCGGCGAGCUUCACCGUGUAAAAUCCCGGACCAACCCGAGCCUGUCCUUCUGUCCAGUCCGCCCCCGGAGUCAUCCACCAGCGUAUCUCCUCCUGCGGAGUCAUGAAGCGGGAUCCGCCUUCUCAGCAUCUUUCCAGAGGAACGGAGCAUCCGUCCAGUCUUCAGAAGGACGAAGAGGAGGAAGAGGACCCUGCUGGUGCAGAAGGGUCGCCAAAGUCACCACUUUGGGUCUUCGGUUACGGUUCGCUGGUUUGGAGACCUGAUUUUGAAUUCACUUCCCGCAAAGUGGGCUAUAUCCGGGGCUAUAGCCGCCGCUUCUGGCAAGGAGACACCUUCCACCGGGGUAACGAAAAGAUGCCUGGAAGAGUGGUCACCCUUCAGGAAGAUUAUAAUGGGUGCACGUGGGGUGUUGGCUACGAACUUCAUGGGGAUCAAAUUGCUGCUGUCCUUAAGUAUUUGAACAUACGGGAAGCAGUGCUCGGUGGCUAUGACACCAAGCUAGUGAAGUUCCAUCCCCAGGAGCAAGCAGCAGAUGAAUCUGUCCUAGCCCUUGUUUACAUUGCAACACCCCAGAAUCCCUCCUAUCUGGGCCCAGCAUCUGAAGAGGAUAUUGCAGCUCAAAUAAUAGUCUCCAGUGGCCGCGCUGGCCACAACAUUGAGUACCUUCUGCGACUGGCAGACUUCAUGCGCUACUGUUGCCCUCAAGUAGAGGAUGAACAUUUGUUCUCAAUUGAGGAAGCCCUGAUCUCUAUCCUUCCCUGCGUAUAUCAUGCUGAGGAGCUCUUGGUAGAAUAAUGAAUUUGGCAGUACUCACCAAAAGGAUUGGCUGAAACACUUUUUAACCAAGGAUAGGACUGAGUAUGUGAUCUAAUACAAUUGAAGUCAGGUUUAAAAACCUGUAGAUGUAGAAAUUGGGAGAGAAAAGUAGUGGAGCAACGGUAAUAUAACUACAGUUUAAAUAGCAUUGGCGUCCUGCCAAUUUAUUGCCUUGAGUAGAGAUUGGAGAGACCCAUUGCCAUUCCACCAGCUACUGGGGACACAAAGCUGGUUGAAAAAUACUUCCUAGUCUCAUGUGCACACUCUAGAGGUUAAGUCCUACUGAAUUCCCUAAGGCUUACUUUUGAGUUCAUGCAUAUGGGUCUGCUGCUUUUUGCACUUUUAGCCAAAUUAACAGUGUUCUUUGAAUUAUUGAAGGGAAAAAGGGAUGAAGAUGCAAUGUAUUUUCCUUUGCAUGUUUCUGAAGCCCUCUCCAUCCAAAGCAGGGCCAUGACUGUAAUGCUAUGAGCUUUGCUCUACCUCACAAGCUGGUGAUGCUGCAGGUGUGAAGUUGUGAAGGUUCUUGUAUCAAAGGAAUCGGUAAUUUCCUCCAGCCUCAGUCACCGUAUCCUCACCUUUGCUCAUACGCUGGGCUUUUAGUGGAAUAUGAACUUGAUUUUAUGCUUUGGUGGGGCCAAACUUCCUUAGAGAGUCAGUGUACUACUUUUUUUUAUAAGUUGGAAAUGUAUUUAUUAUAAUGAACGUAUAUAUUUCAGGGAGAGAAGCAUCCAAAUGUCCUGCAGGGCAGGUUGCCAGCUUGAAAGUUGGCAGGGGAAAUUGGGUCUUCUGGUUUUGUAAUCCCCCCCCCCCCCGGUCUUAGAGGGGAGCUUCUGACCAUGGCAGCUGCUACAGGGUUACUUAUCUGAGACAGCUUUCUGCAAACAACAGUUGUAUCAUCUACCACACAAUAUGGAUGCUUUUACACUACAGUAUAUAUUUUGUGUCUGCUUCUGUAACUGCAGGGUAUAUGUCUCUUGGCAUACCAUACUCCAGUUCUGCCUGCAUUUUAAAUAAUGAAGCAGGCAUUUACUCAACAUCUGUUUCUCCAAAAAUCACAACAAAUUAAAGUUUCUGAGAAUAUUAAGUGUGUUCCUGGAAGAAAGAUCUGUACUGAAUAUUGGAGUCUCAGAGACAUGAUUCAAUAAUGCAGAUAAUUGUUUUCUGAUAUAGCCUUUGGGAGAGACUUGAUCCUGAAACUAUUUUAUUAACUGAUCUUAGAACAGAAUUACUUGACAACUAGCUGUUAAAAAGAGAACUAUCUUUUACCUAG